UUUUUUUUGUAUUCCUUUCUCCUCUCUUUUUUGUUUCUUUUUUUUUAUUCUUUGAGAGACAAAUUUGUUUUAUUUUUUUAUUUUUUGAUCUCUCUAUAUUUAUUUUAUACUGAUACUCUCCGUUCAUUCAAAGCUCUUUUUUAUAUAUAAGCCAAACUAUUUCCUACAGAUAAAAUAAAAUAAAAUUUGAAAAAUGAUGCUCUAUAAGUUGGUCGUUCUUGGUGAUGGUGGUGUUGGCAAAACUGCUUUGACUAUUCAGCUUUGUCUUAAUCACUUUGUUGAGACAUAUGAUCCUACCAUUGAAGACUCUUAUCGUAAACAAGUUGUCAUUGAUGAUCAACCCUGUGUUCUCGAAGUAUUGGAUACUGCUGGUCAAGAAGAAUAUACUGCAUUAAGAGAUCAAUGGAUUCGUGAUGGUGAAGGAUUCUUGUUAGUUUACUCAAUUGCUUCCCGUUCGACUUUUGAACGUAUUGAACGCUUCCGUAAUCAAAUCUUCCGUGUAAAGGACCUUGACAAUGUACCUAUGAUGUUGGUAGGUAACAAGUGUGAUAAAGUAACAGAAAGAGAGGUUACAAGAGAAGAAGGAGCAGCCAUGGCAAAGCAAUUGGCCUGCGAUUUCAUUGAAACUUCUGCAAAGACAUGUGUCAACGUCGAAAGAUCAUUUUAUCAAGUCGUCAAAGCUAUCAGAGCUCAACGUGAAGGUUUGAAACCUGGAGGACCCAAGGGUAAAAGUAAGAAGGAGAAAAAGAGCAAAUGUUUGAUUUUGUAGAUUUCUUUUCUCUCUUAUAUUCUUUACUAUUAUUAAUGACUAUUCCUUUUUUUUUUCUUCUUCUUGCACCUACAACAACAACAACAACAUAUCUUCCCUUAUUCAUGUAAUUGUAUUCUCUCUCUUUCUUUCUUUUUUUGAACUUUAUGGCGAUAAUAAUAAAAAAAAGGAAAUGACUAUUUUCCCCUCCCCCUCU